AUGAGCGCUUUCAGACUGCUGUACGCUUCCCAUGUCAGACCAAGACUUGAGUAUUUUGGUGCAGCGGCAUACCCCUGCACGGCCGGUGACCUGGCUAAGUUGGAGCGUGUACAACAUGCUGCCACUAGACUUGUUGUUGGACUACGCGGGAUCAGCUAUGAAGGUCUUCCACAGUCUACUGCCUAUUUGGCAUACGACAUUUUGGAAACCAUGGAUGAUGAAUCUGAAUCUGUAGGAGACUCUAGUUCAGAUACUAGCGAGUUUUCCGACGGGUCUGGCAUUGAAUUUUUAAAGUCCAUUCAAGGUGAUCAAACUCGGAUCAGUAUGAAGAAGAUUAAGGAACGCAAAGUGUUACACGUUUCACACGAACGUCAGGUUGGAACUGAGAUUCGUCUUGGUUUGACGCAGUAA